GAAACCUUUGUAGGUGCUGCAGUCAUGAGGUCCACACUCUUCCUCCACACUCUUCUGCACGGUUUAUAUCUUUGCUCUGCUCAGUGGUGCUACCAGAGUCAGUACUCAUGUGAUUAUAAAUGCAGAGAGCCUAGUCAGUGGUACAGGGAGUUUCCAGUGUGUGGCGGGCAAAGCCAAUCACCCAUUAACAUUGUCACUCGCAAGGCACAGCUUAAUCUGAGUCUAACCCCAGUCAUCUUUGAAGGCUACUCAGAUGUCCUCAAUGUCACUGUUCAAAACAUUGGAUAUGCGGCGGUCUUUACUCUCCCUUCCUCUGUGCGGAUCCGUGGUGGAGGUUUGCCUGACACCUACAAGGCUGUUCAGUUUCAUCUGCACUGGGGAUUGGAUGCUAAGCCAGGCUCAGAACAUACUGUGGAUGGAGAGCAGUACCCCAUGGAGCUCCAUAUUCUUCACAUAAAACAGAAUUACAACAGCCUAAAUGAAGCUAUGAAUGACUCAACAGGUGUAGCUGUUCUUGCCUUUCUAUUUGAGAUUUCUCCAGAGGAAAACAAGCAAUUCACUAAAGUGAUCAAGGUGUUGGAAAAGGUUCAGUGUUUUGGGAACAUCAGUGUAAUUCCAGAAUUCCGGCUGACUGACAUCUUGACCUCAGUGGAGAAACUGUCCAGUUACUACCGUUACUUAGGCUCACUAACCACACCAGGCUGCUUUGAGAACAUCAUAUGGACCAUCUUCCAUCAGUCUCUCCCUAUAGGCUACCAACAGAUGGUGCAAUUAACCCAACAGAUGUUGUUCUCUACUGGGAAACCCAUGACUGACACUUUCCGUCCAGUGCAGAAUCUUAAUGGGCGUAUUGUGUACAAAUCAAUGGCAGGUACAUAUGUGUUUUUAAGUCUAGUCACUCUGCUGCUGUGUCUCCUCUUUGUAUUUGGGCUGAUAAAAUGCACAGCCACAUAGUGUAUUAAAUUUACAAAUUGGUCAUUUUCCAAACAAAGGCAAUGUAUGUAGCUACAGUCCACCUUAGAUGAUACAGUACUAUAUUUGAAAGCACCUCAGCACACUGUAAAAGUAAAUAUUUCAUUAAAGAAUUCCCUAUAGCCUUUUAUAAACAAUAUAAUACUGUAGUCCCAAGUGUCUACAGUAUUGCAACUUUGCUUAAUUUUUUACAUUAAACCAAAAUGUUCUCCUAAUACAAAUGACCAUAAUUAUAUUUU